GUGCAUAAAACUUAACACGAUCACUUCUAAUUCCACAAAAUGCAGCCUUGACCUCUGACCUGUUAGCAGCGCUUGUACAAUCCAGGCGAUCCAACGGUGGCUGCCUGGUGGGCAUCUCGACAUCUUUCCUUGAUGAAGGACCAUCACCUACAGCUCAACCUGGCAAAGAUCGAGCUUCUUGUCUUCCUGGCCGCCUCAGCUCUACGGCACGACUUCCCCAUCCAGCUAGGUUCGUCUACAAUUACCCCGUCAACUUCGAUCAGAAAACCUGGUGUAGUCUUCGACGAGCGGCCGACCUUCAAAGAGCACGCUGCAAAGACUGCUCGAUCUUGGAGGUUUGCAGAAAGUUCAGACCCUUUCUAACAGAGCGUGUUUUGUCAUAUAUGUCUUAUAUGCAUAUAAAAUCAUAUACGCAGGUUAGUCUGCACUUGAAUUUUGAAAAAUGUAGUAAAAAUUCUCUAACACCAUCUGUAAGUUAGUGAGUUAUAUGGCUGUGAUAUUUAAACUUUAAUGUUUUGCAUAAGGUGUACCAACAUUUACAACUCCACAUAUAUAAGAAGCCAUAUAUAGAUAAGGAUUAAGGUCUUUUCCAUGUCGUGCUCUUAAAAUUUGCGUAAAGAUGAACGUGUCAUAGCUAACAAAGCAUGAUAUGAAGAGCUCUCCUUAAGUUCUAGUUUUGCAUGUCACAAUAAAAAAACGUGAUCUAAAUUCUGUGACAUUAAGGUCUUGUCUGUGGUAGCACAGUUAAAGAGAUAACAACCAUUGGUCUUGUCUUCAAUGGAGUAAGCUGUUCUAUCGCUUACAAAUUUUAAGCAAAACCCAGAACGUGUCUCCAGAACCCGGUCCACCCCUACAUUUCUUUAUAAGCGCAUCAGGUCCUCCUGUUCAGCUUCAUUCUUCACUUGCAUCAACAGUAAGCUCUAAGAGUGUCUGUUUCCCAACUCUGUCGUGUAGUCGUCAUCUUCUGCAGUCGUCUUCCACGAUGAACGCGCUGCGGUCGCUCUUUGUUCUGUCGGUCUCCAGUCUGGUUUCAGGCAGGGUGGUGCCAAACCUUUUAACCCCUGCUCCUGGAGGAUGCCCUGACUUCUUUCUGAACACUGCACUGGGUCGGGUCACUCCGACUAAUCUUCCAGGAAAUCAGUAUGCAAGAAUCUGUCAGGAAUACGGGGGGAUUGACAGAUUUGCCACAUAUUAUGAUACCUUCUGGCACAUUCCUGUUUGGACGGCAUAUAGGUUUAUUGGACGGGGCGCGAACAACAGAACUGGAUGGAGAACUGAAACUAUGUCUGCAGGUGUUGCUUUGCGUCAGUCACCGGUGGAUGCUUACAGUAAAACUCGGUAACCAGCAGGCCACCAACGCGGAUUAUACUGCAUUGGGAAGUAACUGGGACCGAGGUCAUCUGUAUCCUGUCCAUCACACGUCUACUCCAGCAGACGCUGAGUCCACAUUCACUCUCACUAAUGCGGUGCCGCAGUUUUAUUCUCUGAACAGAGGUCAGUGGAGGGUGCAUGAAGAAAGAGUAGCUGGGCUUAUGGAUGACUGUUUAAACCAAGGUUACUCCGUGUAUGCUGUGGUCGGGGCAGUACCAGAUAAUACACAAAAUCAACCCAAUCAACCUAAUAAUUUAAACACACCAAGCCACAUAUGGAGUAGUUUCUGUUGUAAUGACAACAAUAACAUUGGCAUACGUUCCUUGGGUUUUAUUGCAGUGAACAAAGUGAAUGUCGCUCCCAGUGAGUUGACGGUGAGCCAACUGGAGACUAACCUCACUAAUCUUUAUGGGUCUCAAUUUAAAGUGUUUGGAUAAAUAGAGUUUGAUUUUUAUCGAAAAGCAGAAACUACUGUACGCUACCAUAUGCUAUUGUAAGAUGGUGUUUUAUGAUUGCCCAUGAGGUAAAAUAA